CCGAUUAAUUAUACUCCUGAAGAAGCAAAAUCAACGACUGCUUAUAUAGUUUACAGUUCUGGAUCUACCGGAAAGCCAAAAGGUGUCGAACGCACUCACACAAACGUAACUGCUGCUUUAGCUCAAUUAACUAGAGUAGAUGAUAAGCUUGGACCACAUAGUGUAAUUAUGGGUGUCACACAAUUUUGUCACGCUUAUGCGCUUGAUUUUAUUCUUCAUUCGGCCUUAUUUCAUGGUGCUACUACAAUCAUUCAUUCAAGCUUCAAUUUGGAAACGUUUUGUGAAUCAAUUCAAAAAUAUAAAAUUACCCAUAUUUAUGCUACACCGUCAAUUAUACUUGAACUUGUCAAUGAUCCAUUGACCCAAAAAUUUGAUUUGUCAAGUGUGGAUAAGAUUUUAAGCGCGGCAGCUCGGUUAGAUUAUAAAUUAGAAAGAAAAUUCUAUGAAAUGUUUAAAAUAUCGGUUCUUCAAGCUUAUGGUUCUACUGAAAUGGCUGCAGUAUUACGUUGUAUUGAUACAAUGAAAAAUGCAGUUCCAGGUUCUAGUGGGAUUCUUUAUCCAAAUAUGAAGGCUAAAAUAUUAUCAGUAGAUGGUCGUGAAGCUACAGAUGCUGUUUUCGACAAAGACGGGUUUUUUAGCUCAGGAGAUAUUGUAUCUGUUGAUGAACAAG